GCGAUCAUUACAGUAUGGACAUUUCUUCUGUUGACCUCUGGUGUGGCCGUAGGGACGAAAACGUGUGGUGGUCGCUCUGUCUCUCCUCCGAUUCCCCUGAACAUGGCCCCUGACUCUGUUGACGACAUGUACAACGGCUGUAGAAAUGAAAUGUCUGGGCUGGUAGAGACAAAAUUUCUUGAGGAGGAGAAAAAAACAACUACAAACUUCAAUGCUUCCUGGACAAAAGCAGAAAAGUGUGCAAGAAACAGGACCAUUCAAGACAAUCUUAAACUGAAGCAUGUCCAGGCUAUCUGUGCUUACAGUGCAGAAUACCCAACAAUAUACAAAGAUUUUAACCAAGCAUGUUUUACCAACAAGAGCAUCUACACCUCUGCCUUCAAGUUCCACUCCCUGCAUUUCCUGCUGACUGAAGCUAUUCUCCUCCUGAAAGAAAACCCAGACCAACGGAGCUGUUACACCACAUACAGAAGAACUAAAUUGAACUUUACAGGUGAAGUGAACAAGGAAAUCCGUUUUGGCUCAUUUGCCUCCAGCUCUUUCCUAAAGAACUUGACACGUUUUGGAGAGAAGUCCUGCUUUGAGAUAAAUACAUGUUUUGGCGCUGACCUCAAAUCCUACCCAGUAAUGAGAGAUUAUGAAAAGGAGGUGUUGAUUCCACCCUAUGAAGUGUUCAACAUUACAGCCGUGAUCAAGAAAGAAGAAGUGAAGGAUCUUUGGUGCGAUGUUGUGUACAAACUACAGGGCAUCAAAACACUGAGUGAAAUGAAUUGCAAAAUGGUCAAGUCGCUCCAAAUAGGGUGACAUCAAACCAGCACAUCUGCUUUUCCACAGUCUGUAAAACAGUAUCAGUAGGUUACAGUACAUCCUUCUUCCAGUUCCCUCUACAGUCUGUAAAACAUUAUCAGUAGGUUACAGUACACCCUUCUUCCAGUUCCCUUUACAGUCUGUAAAACAUUAUCAGCAGGCUACAGUAAAUCUUCAAAACACUCUCCUGCAACCCGACUCACCAAUUUAUAUUUUUUUUAAAAGAAAGUAUUAUUUACCUCAAAUCUGUAAUCCUCCAUAGAAGCUAGCCAGAAGCUAGCCAGAAGCUAGCCAGAAGCUAGCCUGAAGCUAACCAGAAGCUAAU